GAAAACUUCCCUCUUUUUAGUAGUUGACUUGCCUGAUGUUUACACGUCGUUCUUGACAACACAUGCACGGUAAACCAUAAUACGAAGCCCGUACGUGAUGCGAACGGCCGGAUUAAAUUGAUUGAUCGUAGGACAACCGAUUCACAAAAGGGGAAAUUUUGGGCCUACCACUUACGUUACCACCAUUAGGUACAAGUACUGGCGACUGCAUAUAGGCCACAUGGAUGUUACAUAAAAAAUGCUGCAUGAUCCCAAGGUGAAUAGCGUGAAACUGUGCGGAGACAUUUCCAGCAUACCGUCCAUUAUCAUCAAAACUUUGGAAGGACCCUUUCUAACACAUCAUGGAUGAAACUGAAAAUUCUUUUUUACAUUUUUUGAUAAACCGCUGGUGAGAAAAUAGCCGAUUUUCGAGGGAGGUAGGGGACGUGCUUGGUUCACAAGCACCAGCUGUUCCGAUUUAGCCUACACACUGGCGGAUGUUGAGCCGGAGCAGUGUUGGCUAGACGCAGUCAUUCCAAGAUGGAGGCAGAGAAAUGCUUGUAUGCCUAUGACUAUGUGGACCUCAAGGACAGAGAGUAUGUCAAGAAACAUGCUAAGAAGCGUCAUCUGGGUGACAUUGAUGGGAAGCAUCGCUAUCGACCCCGCCCCUCAACGGCCACUGUCGUCAGUUCGCUGGUCUCCUUAGACUUUCCCGAGACCAGAGCCAUCAAUACCACCACAGCCAGUCGUAUCAUCGCUGACCAACGCAAACAGAUUAGGAACACUUUUGAGAAGACACAGUGGAAGGAGACGUUGCACGGUUGGAGCCGUCCUUCGACGGCAAUGGAUGAGAGAGUCCAGACACCAGUGGAAGUUGAACUGCCACAGCGCCCUCAGACAUCAGUGUCGGUCAGUGAUGGAACGCAACUACAGAUGAACCAACUUACCCUAAGGCCAUUCAGUACAGGAGCCAUACGGAAGCCCUCUCGCAAGCCGCCCCAGGCGUCCGGCUUCAUGUGGGUGCGCAUGAAGAGGCGCGGCAGCGCAGGCGCCAAUCUGCAGUUCAAGCGCAUCACAGAGGAGAUUCGCCUCCAGUGGGAGGAGGAAGACAAGAAGCAACGGCAGGACCACCGGCAAGAGAAGAGCCAGAGCCCCCGGCGCUACGACGCCUUUGCUGGCCAGUGGCUGACGUUUGCCGCCGGCGGGAUGGACGAGCACCAUGGCCAAGGGGAGGAAGAGGGACGCGGGCCUGACUCAGGUGGGGUGGUAGAAGCAUUCACCGGGGAGACCAACUCAGAGUAUUACAACAUUGAGGGGAAGAUAGGGGCUGACGUGGCCAACCAACUGCGCAUGGGGAACAAGAUACGCAUUGGCGUGAAUGGCAAGAUCCAGUCGGACAGCCUGAGGGUGCGUAAGUGGAGGAAGGAGGUUGAGAGGGCAGAAUCUAUCGCCUCAGACGACUCCUACAGCUGGGCCGAUUCAGAUUUUUCAAAGCUGAAUGGCCAAACCACCAAGUUGAUGAAGAAGGAUUUAUCCCCAGUGGUUCCCCUGUGUUGGGACGACCAGCUGCACAGGCCCGACGUCAAAGUCAUUGAAGUCAAGGACAAGCCCUCGCCCUCUACCAAACCGGAUCUUUCUGAGAGGCAUCCUGUUGUCUUUGAGAAACUCGUCAAAGACGAUGCUCGCCCCAAGAGGGGACCCAAGCUGGAGACCUAUCGACUGAGCCAUCGCACCAAAAGCAAGCGCAACCUGGACGGCACGGAGAGCCUUAGCAACCGCAUCACUGUCAUCACCGUGGACCAGGUCGACGAGGACAGGGAGUCCCUCUGCUCUCUGGACUACGAAGAGAUCCUGCAGAGAAGCUUGGAGGUUGAACCGGCCACAGAGGAUGAGGCCCCGUCCCUGCUGCGCCACCCGGAGGAUGGCCAGAAGAUCGCACCAACAGAUAGGGUUUUGCUGUCUCCCUUUGCCGAGGGCUUGGUUGGUGAGCCCAGGAAUGGGUCAGUUUCAGGGAUCAAACCCUCAGGACCCAGCAGCAGUCCCCGUCACUCUGCUAUCAACACUGACACGAGACUGGUCACCCGUAGCAUGACCCCUAAGCCCCGGACUGUGCCCUUGACCAGUCCGGUGCCAAGCUCCCCGAGCAUUGUCAGUGGCCGGCCUCGCACUGGGUCCCAGACUUCACAGCGGGCCCAGUCCAGCGGCAGCAAGGGGCGGUACUCCUUCAGCCAGCCCCCAACACCUAGGAACCUGAACAGUCCCCACCCAAAUCUGGUCAAACCAGGACAGCUGCCACGGACGGGAGUUUCCAGCAUCAACCCAGGGAUACCGGAGGGAGAGCACGAGUAUAUCAAAAUCUCCCAGCCUAUUCUGCCCGGGUCGGAACGGACUCAGUCCCGGAUGGACAAUUUGGCUGCCAUCGCCCGCGUUGGAGAGAAGAAUGCCAUAGUGGAGGACUACAGGGGCUCCUCAGUGAGCUUGGGUCGGAAUCCCUCAGUUACCAGCUUGGACAGUAUGGACAGCUUGAACGUCCAGGGUGGCCAGGUUGUCAACCAGCUACCGGAUGACCUGACCGAGCCGCCGUGUAGUUGCAGCCCCGAGGCCAAACGGGCAGUCUCCGCAGCCCUAUCGCGGGUCUCCAGGGACUCUUCAAAUGUCAUCAACAUUCCCACGGCUGACAUGAACAUGAGUAUGUCCGAUCUGAACUCCAUGUCAGAUAUGGACCCCCUGGCAUCCUACUCUUCCUUCAGAGGAAGCCUUAGCUCCGAUGUGGCAGCAGCAGAAGCUGAUCUCAUGCCAGAGGAGGAAGCAGAGACCAGGGAUCUUAUCGAUGAGAUGGGUAGUGAGCAAGUAGAUAGGGCUACCCGAAGCCUCGCCUCCAGUCCCUCAUCGCAACACCUGCCAUCUCCAGAGAGACAAGAAGUGGGGUACAUCAUCAACAAAGUGGAUGGUUUGGAGUUGAGGCAAUCCCCUGGUGAGCCCCGUGAGGAGUCACGGAAGACAGCCUCAGCUAAGAAGCCCAACCGGACUGUGACGUUUGCUGAAGAGAUCCAGACCCCCUCCGUCCCGAACUGUACCCCGGAGUCCACGCCAAGGGACCCAACGGACGUCGACUCUGUGAAAAGCGAAGUGGAUACUGACGACAGCAGCAACAGGCCCCAGAGCAGUGAAUCCAACCAAUCUGCAACUGAUGAACUGAGUGUUCUCAGAUCCAAGAUCAAGUCAGACUUGGUGGAAACCCAGCGGGUAACGCAGCAUGAUCUAGCUGCCUUAGAGGCCCGGGGGUAUAAAGGGAAGGGAGAAGAUUAAGAGGGGCUUCCCUGAUAUUGUCCAAAUUUUUUUCGUGAUCAGUCAGGUCGAAUGCCUGAUACACUGAGCUUAACCACAACAUCGUCCAACGGGUGAAGGAUUAGGGACUGUUAGCGUGAAUCUUAACAUUACAUGCACACUGCACUGCGUGUACAUGUUCAGUCUUCAAAACACUUCAUCUGAAGGGGUUGAAAAGAACACACUAGCUGGGAAGUGAAGACUUUCAUUGCAGGGUUUAAGAUUGAGUCACUUCAAGUGAUUGAAUAUUCUGCCCUUCAUUUGAAUACAUGUAUUCAACCUCUAUUCAAAUAUUAGGUUGUACCUAUUGCCCACAAAGAGAGAAACAGAAUGUAGAUUAUUGUGUGGUGGGCUACCUCAGUGAUGUUCAUGUGCCCAUGGGGAAUAUUAACACUUGGCUGACCUGUCCUUUGAAAAGCGGGUAUUUUGCAAGAACGAUGUCAAAUUUCUUGCAGCAUUGCAGAGAAAAUGACCUCAAAACAUCUGUGAAAAACUCCCAUGAGGGCUUGGCGUAGUAAACAAAUGCACUGCAACAGCAUACAUUUAUGUCUCUGAGAAAAUGGACAGAGGACAGAUUCUUUGCCUGCCCCUUUCCAUCUCAUGUUACAGGGUUCAGGGUUGAAUAGAGCAUGUGUGGCAUGUAGUGAAUGGUGUGAAAAGUUUAAUGUCUUACCUUGAGUUAACCGUACAAAAAUUAUCAAAGGUCUUAAGAGACAAUAUGUACGCUGCUCAGGAUCACUUUGUAGGGGUUUGCCAUUUGUGUGCCAACUCUGGGCAGAACUGAGAACAUGGAAAUUGAGAAAAUUCUGGGCAGUCAUAAAGUAAGGAGUUCACAGCAUGCCGAUGAGAAUGGAACUUUUCCAUGAAAUAUGAAAAUUAGACAGGCGCACGCGCACUUCUACUGGUUGGCAAGCGCGGCUGUCAACACUGUCGGCAGCAUAGGAGAGCUGCUCUAACCAUAACCUGGCACAUCGAAGGUCAGUCAAAACUGUACUUCAGCCUUUGUUCGAUACUUGACAUGCUUUUCUCAAAACUAAGCCAAGUUUUCAGUGUCCUGAGGUUGGAAAGUAACAAUUCCCUGCCUAUAAGUUUGGCACUCACGUCAAACUAUACUAGCACAGAAAGGCUGUGUAUGUGCUCAUGGAGAUUUGUAAUGUUAUGUCCUAGAUUGAAGCCACUUUGCUAACCAGUGGUAGUAAUGUGCAUGCCUCUGCCCUAUUUCCAUAUUUUAUGGGAAUGGUCCAUUCCUUUUCUGUUGAGAAAAACACAAAGGACAGUGAGGAAUGAAAUUUAAUUGUGAAGUUAUUUUGUAUACUUUAACAUGCAAGUUACGAUUUAGUUCCAAAGUUUAUAACUGAAACCAAAGUUUUUUGCGUGUUGUGUGUGACUAAUAAGGUGUGAAAUAUUUAUGUGUUAAUUUUCUUUUUGUCUGUUUUGGGCAAUAGUUUUGUGCAAGCUCUUCUGUAUAGAGAGAUAAAUUUAGCUUUAAAAGUGGACAUUGGCAUUUUGUUUGCAUUGUAAAUAUGCUUGAACUUUUCGUUUUGUGAUAGAAGACUUUGUUGAUUGUACAGUAUGGGAAAUGCAGGACAGGACAUCCUGGAAGACUUUUUGGCCUGAAAUCAAUUUGAUACGAGGCUGAGAAAAACUUGUAUUUCCAUGGUAACAUCUUUCAAAGUUUUGUCACAAUGGAUAGGUAAGGAAAAUGUCUUUCUUUGAAACCUUUUGAAAUUCAGGUUUGUGCUUGUCGUUAUACCAGCAUUGUUUAUUUUGGGAUACUGUCAAUAAUAUUUUGUUCAAUUGUUACUUUUAAUAGACAGGGUACCCAAUUUCAGUCGUACAUAUUGUAUACAUUUGAAAGCAUUAAUGGGAUGGUACCAGGUGAUUCUGUGGCUCGAAUUGAAAUCAUAGAAUAGAGUCUGGUUCCUUAUUUAACGUUUUCAAAUGAAUACGCUAUGUUGGGGAAUCUGACUUAAAUUGGGUCUCCCGCAAAUACAGUCUGUUUGGUUGUUACAUCAUGUAGCAGACUUGAAGUUCUUUUACAGUGUUUUCUUCUGAAAUAUUUGACAUGCAUACUGUAGAAGGGCACAGCGGUAGGCUUACAAAGCCUGGUUGAUCUCCAUUUGUCAAGCCAAACAAUCUGUACUUAUGAUAUAACACUGUGUUUACAGCAGUGUAUGGUGGGAUACCGGUAGAUAAGGGGCCAUUGGUGCAUAUGUCACCAUGCACUGCUGUCAUUUAGCUAUGAGUAUGUUUCCUAAUGGCAGUUUUUUACAACCAUUAUUUUAAAUCCUCCAGGGAGUUUUGACCACCAGUGGUCAGUCUUGCUUAGUACCCAAGAUAUAUUUUGUGGGAGAAACGGCCAUAGUUCAAUGAUUGCUGAAACUUGCCCAUCGGUGUAAGGCAGGUGUACUUAAUGGGUCAGAAAUCUGGCUGUGUGCACGGGGCCUUUUUUUAAAAGCCAGAGUGUGUUGGAUAAUGAGAUUAAUAUACACUCUGUCAGCAGCCUUAAUUGCCAGCAAUUAACUUGUACCAAAGGUAGUCACUAGCUACACUGCAGCAACUACCAUACAUCCACUUCCCAUGGAUGCGUGUGUACGUCCAAGCCACAGGCAAGGUUUCUUAGACAAAGCCUUACAAACCUGCAUAGCCAGCGGGAAUGCUUUGGCUAGUUUGGGUAUCAGGAGUGAUGCUGAACAAACACUUUCCUUGCCUGGUUUUUUUUAUUGGCAAAUAGAUAUUUCAGUUGUUGGUUGUAUUUUUGUAUUUUUUUUUAACAGCAACUUCAGUAUUUUGUUUAUUUCAGGAAAAUGGUGUUAUUUGCAGACAAAACAAAAUGGCCUUCGAACAAACUUAUUCUGCGUAUGUUGCUGAUUUAUUUUAAAUGGACAAAUACGCCCCUGAAAUUGACUUCUAGUUUUGUACUCUUCUUCAAAAUUAGUUAGAACUGGUGCAGAGGACUUAUUGUAAAAUCUUUCCAGUGUGGCAUAGUUGAAAGGGCAUAAAUAUUUAAUUGAAAUUAAAGCCUUUCUCAGCCUCUGUGAUUUUUCAAAUGAUUUGAUAUUUCAAAUGCGAAUCAGAUCUAGUCUUGAAAUAUUUUAUCAUGCCUUAUAACUCCUUUCCUUUGUUGCCAAGAUAUGAAAAAAUAAACAUGAAAAAUAGAUUCAAGGCACUCAAAUAUGAAUAAGACUGACCU